GUAUGGUACAAUUUUUAGGACAAAUUUGCUUGGUGAAGACCUCAUCGUCUCCAUGGAUCAAGAAUUGAACAACUUAGUGUUCCAAAAAGAGGAGAAGUUGUUCCAAAUUUGGUAUCCGGAGUCAAUCAUGAAAAUCAUGGGAGCUGACUGCAUUAUUGCGACGCUCGGGACCUUCCACAAGCACCUCAGGACACUGAUACUUCGGCUCUUCGGCCCAGAAAACCUCAGGCUGGUACUGCUCCAUGAAGUGCAGCAGACGGCCCAGGCUAGUCUGCUCUCCUGGCUUGAUCAUCCUAGCAUCGAAGUGAAAGAGGCAACAUCUAGUAUGAUAUUCAGCAUCACGGCCAAGCGAUUAAUCAGCUACGACUCCUCAAGCUCUGAUGCUAAGUUGUGGAAGGAAUUUGAUGCAUUUCUUCAGGGACUACUAGCAUUUCCACUUUACAUUCCUGGCACGGCAUUCUACAAAUGUAUGCAGGGCCGGAAGAAUGUCAUGAAGAUUUUGAAAGAAAUGUUCAAUGAGAGGAAGAAGGCAACACAUCGGGAGAGUGUUGACUUUAUUGAUAUCUUGAUCAACGACCUGAAGGAGGAAAAGACAUUAAUGGACGAGAAAAUUGCAUUGGAUUUGCUCUUCUUAUUAUUGUUCGCAGGCUUUGAAACCACGUCAUCUGGGAUAACUGCGGCACUCAAGUUUCUAGACAAUGAUCCCAAGGCACUACGGGAACUAACAGAGGAGAACAACAACAUCCGGAAAAGAAGGAUCAAUCCUGACUCUGAAAUCACAUGGGAGGAAUACAAGUCCAUGAAAUUUACAUCACAUGUCAUACAUGAAGCAUUAAGGUUGGCUAACAUUGCUCCCUUAAUGUUUAGAAAAGCAACAGAGGAAGUGCAUAUUAAAGGUUACACUCUUCCAAAAGGAAUAAAGAUUAUGAUUAAUCCUUCCAGCAUUCAUCUGGAUCCUACAGUUUACAAAGAUCCUAAUCUGUUCAAUCCAUGGAGGUGGAAGGAUACUACUGAACCAGUUGGUGGCUCCUCAAAGGAGUUCAUGGCCUUUGGAGGCGGGCUACGAUUAUGUGUUGGUGCCGACUUUGCUAAGCUACAAAUGGCCAUUUUCAUGCAUUGCUUAGUUACCAAAUAUAGUUGGAAAACGAUCAAGGGAGGAACCAUGGUGCUUUGUCCUGGACUACAGUUUCCUGGUGGUUUUCACAUACAACUUCUCGCAAAAGUUUGA